AUGUCGAGCCGUCGUUCGAUACUCGGAUCGGCGCUUGACGCACUACCACCGCCUACAGACCCGCUCCGUGAAUUAUUUGAGGCGUGCAAAACGGGCGAUGCAAUCCGUGUAAAAAAGUUAAUUACACCCCAAACGGUGAAUGCCAGGGACACAGCCGGACGAAAAUCGACUCCUCUACACUUCGCUGCAGGAUACGGACGCAGGGAAGUUGUGGAGAUUCUUAUAGCGGCUGGAGCAGCUCUCCAAGCUCGAGACGAUGGUGGUUUGCAGCCUUUACAUAACGCCUGUUCCUUCGGUCAUGCGGAUGUCGUUAGGGCUCUGCUAGGGGCCGGUGCAGCGCCCGCGGCCAGAGAUAACUGGGGUUACACACCUUUGCAUGAAGCAGCCGCGAAGGGGAAAGUCGAUGUGUGUAUUGCACUUCUACAGCACGGCGCCGACCCCAACAUCCGCAACACUGAAGGCAAGACUCCACUCGAUCUAGCUGACACCGCUACCAGACCUGUUUUGACAGGUGAAUACUGCGCAGCGGACGUUCUAGAAGCAGCUAGAUCAGGCGCAGAUGAUCGUCUCGCCUCCCUCCUCACACCCCUCAACGUUAACGUACACGCCAGUGACGGGAGACGUUCCACUCCCUUACACCUGGCUGCAGGGUACAAUAGGGCCAGGGCGGUCCGGCUGUUGCUGCAGAGGGGGGCGGAUGUCCACGCUAAGGAUAAAGGUGGUCUGGUGCCUCUGCACAACGCGUGUUCGUACGGGCACUACGAGGUGACGGAGCUACUGGUGCGAGCUGGCGCUGACGUGAACGCGACAGACCUGUGGGCCUUCACUCCCCUCCACGAGGCCGCCAGCAAGGCCAGGCUCGAGGUAUGUUCGUUACUCCUGAGCGAAGGUGCGGACCCCACUUUGCUCAAUUGCCAUGGGAAAUCAGCCCUGGAUGUAGCACCCACCAGAGAACUGCAGGAGAGAUUGGCUUUUGAAUACCGUGGUCACUGUUUGCUGGAAGCUUGCAGACUGGCUGAACCCGCGAGGGUUAAGAAGCAGCUCUCAGCAGCCUCUGGUCAUCAACACCAGAGCUCGCAAGCGUCGACGAGCGGCAGCACGCAGUCGCUGGGCGGCGAGUGCGGGGCGGAGGCGCUGGUGAACUUCCAGCACGUGGGCUCCGGGGACCGCGCGCUGCACGCCGCCGCCGCCAGCGUCUACCCCAAGCGGAAACAGGUUAUGGAAAUGCUGAUCAGAAAAGGCGCUCGUGUCAACGAGAAGAACAAGGAAGGUCAGACCCCUCUGCACGUGGCGACGGAGCACGCCCACCUCGAUGCCAUGGAUCUCUUAUUGAGACACGGUGCCAAAGUAAACGCUUGCGAUGGACGAGGCUCAUCAGCUCUGGCGGUGGCGGCAAGAAGGGAUUCUGCUGCCGCAUGCCGUCUCCUGCUGGCGUGCGGAGCUGACACCACUCCUGACGCCUUGUACCCUCAACCUGACGACGCGUGCGCGAACGCGGCGGCCCUGAGGCUGCUGGAGGCGGCGCGCACGGGCGACGUGGAGGGCGCGCGCUCCAUCCUGGACGCGCGGCCCCGCCUCGUCAACUGCCGCGACGUGGACGGCCGUCACUCCACUCCUCUACACUUCGCCGCGGGAUACAAUAGACUGCCCCUUGCUCAACUGCUGCUACAAAGAGGUGCCGAUGUCCAUGCCAAAGACAAGGGUGGUCUGGUGCCUCUGCACAACGCGUGCUCGUACGGUCACUACGAGGUGACGGAGCUGCUGGUGUGCGCGGGCGCAGGCGUCAACGCUCACGACCUGUGGCGGUUCACGCCCCUGCACGAGGCCGCCGCCAAGGGGAAGGCUGAUAUCGUCCGGCUUCUGCUCAAGCAUGGUGCUGACCCGAGUCGACGGAACCGUGAUGGACUAACUCCUCUUCAGUUGGUCCGAGCGGGAGACUGUGAUACUGCGGACGCUCUGCGAGGAGACGCUGCCUUGUUGGACGCGGCGAAGAGAGGAGAUCUCGCCAGAGCUAGAAAACUAAUAACGCCUCAAAAUGUUAACUGCAGAGACUCGCACGGGAGGAACUCCACGCCGUUACAUUUAGCUGCGGGCUACAACAACCUGGAGGUGGCGGAGGCGCUGCUGGAGGCGGGCGCGCUGGUGGGCGCGCGCGACAAGGGCGGGCUGGUGCCGCUGCACAACGCGGCGUCGUACGGGCACGUGGAGCUGGCCGCGCUGCUGCUGCGCGCCGGCACGCCGCCCAACGCCGCCGACCGCUGGGGCUUCACCCCCCUGCACGAGGCCGCGCACAAGGCGCGCACGCAGCUCUGCGCGCUGCUGGUGAGCACCCGCCCCACCUCCCCCCCGCCCCGACCGCUGGGGCUUCACCCCCCUGCACGAGGCCGCGCACAAGGCGCGCACGCAGCUCUGCGCGCUGCUGGCGCGCACGCAGCUCUGCGCGCUGCUGGUGAGCACCCGCCCCACCUCCCCCCCCGCCCCGACCGCUGGGGCUUCACCCCCCUGCACGAGGCCGCGCACAAGGCGCGCACGCAGCUCUGCGCGCUGCUGGUGAGCACCCGCCCCACCUCCCCCCCGCCCCAACCGCUGGGGCUUCACCCCCCUGCACGAGGCCGCGCACAAGGCGCGCACGCAGCUCUGCGCGCUGCUGAUCCUUACCUCAAGAACCAAGAAGGUCAGACCGCACUAGACCUGGCCGGCGCCGAAGAUGUCCGCUCUCUACUGCAGGACGCCAUGACGUCAGCAGCGGGCGAGGUUGGAGCAGCCGCCCCACUCCCGCCGCCACUGCCUCCCCCUCACAUGCCAAUACUCAUGCCGAGUGGAGACACUGUGCCGUUAGCUUUACCGGUAAUGCCCAGCAACUAUUGGGCCGAAGGCUCCCGAGGCAGCUUAGAAGACGCUGCGGGUAGACCAGCAUCAGCGCUGUCCACCUCGGAGUCUUUACAGACCUUCCUAACUGGUAUCGGGCUAGAACAGCUGACGGCGGCCCUGGAACGCGAGCAGAUCACCGUAGACAUCCUGUCGGAGAUGUCGCACGAGGACCUGCGGGCGGUGGGCGUGGCCGCCUACGGACACCGCCACCGCCUGCUCAAGGCCGCCCGGCACAGUCUGCAGGCUGCCUCUGAAUGGUACGGAGGCACGACCCUGGUGGAGGUGACGGCGCCCACGGAGGAGGGGUGCGCGGAGAGCGAGUACAGUAUCGUAGAGAGGGAGAUGCAGGCCUCGGUCAGGGCACACAGGGACCAGGCCGGCGGGGCCUUCACGCACUAUAACGUCGUCAGGAUCCAGAAGCUGGUGAACGGUCGCCUGUGGGAGCGCUACCAGCACCGGCGGCGCGAGGUGUGCGAGGAGGCGGGCGCACCCAACGAGCGCAUGCUGUUCCACGGCUCGCCCUUCAUCAACGCCAUCGUGCAGAAGGGCUUCGACGAGCGACACGCCUACAUCGGCGGUAUGUUCGGCGCGGGUAUAUACUUCGCUGAGCACUCCUCCAAGAGUAACCAGUACGUGUACGGCUUCGGAGGGGGGUCUGGAUGUCCAGCACAUAAAGACAGGAGCUGUUAUCUAUGUCACAGACAAAUGCUGUUAUGCCGAGUGACGCUGGGUCGCGCCUUCCAACUGAUGUCAGCCAUGAAGAUGGCGCACGCACCCCCCGGACACCACUCGGUGGCGGGCCGGCCCUCGCAGGGGGGGCUCUGCUUCCCGGAGUAUGUCGUGUACAGGGGCGAGCAGGCCUACCCCGAAUAUCUGAUCACAUACCAGAUAGUGAGCAGCGAGAACAACUCAGGCGCCGUCUGA